AGGCCAACAGAAGACCAAGGCGCCUUGGAAGAGAGAGAAGGUUAAGAAGCCCACUCUGAAAACAGCCGACUCUCGAUCGCCAAGCAUGGAUGCUAAGGGUUCAUUCCUCAUCAUGGUCACCUUGCUGUUUUUUCUCGGCUUCGAGCGUACGGCGGCUCACCCCAUCCAUAGCCUCAGCCCGGCCGAGGAGCUAGCUAACAUGGAGGUUCUCCUGGAGAGGUUGGAGGAGAAAGUGGCCUUGAUGGAGGACUUACAGGGCAACCCCGAAGACUCUGACACCCAGGGGGAGCGCCAGGCCGAAGAGGACCUGAACGAUCAGCCCUUAGCCGAUGAUUUCCCCGUCUUCUCCGACCGAACGGCUCUGCUGAAACACAUGAGGGGGAUUCAGACAGCCAAAAGCAUGAGGGAAUCGAGCUGCUUCGGACGACGGUUGGACCGGAUCGGAUCCGUCAGUGGGAUGGGAUGCAAAGGAUCCAGAAGACACUAA